GGGGCGUCUGCAGCUGCCGGUGGAGCGGCUGUUAUACAUGUGCUGUCGGAGCUGGAGGGGAUUUUUCGUUAGGCUGGCUCUGGCUGUUCUGCUCUCUGUGUUUCUUCGUUUCUUUUUCAUCCCUUCUUCCAGGUUCCUUAUAUCUGCAGGACAUCAGAUACUUCUUCAUGUACUGAGUUGCACAGCAUCUCAUAUCCCUUUCCUACCCUCAAUUGAAGCCUGGAUUGGCUAGACACAGCUAACAUGGGAAGUUUCGGGUCCCAGACCAGCAACUACAACAGGCUGGUGACCGUCUUUGUGGCUAUCGGGUCGAUGACCUACGGCUACUGCUCCUCCAUCAUCUCAAGCACAAUCGGUCAGCCAGGAUGGUAUGCCUACUUUAAUCUCCCCGGAAAGACCGAACCAGGCUACGACACAAUCACAACCCCCGUUAUCUCGACUGCAAAUGGCGUCUUCAGUGCUGGAGGAGCGGUCGGGACGCUGCUCAUGAUGUGGUCGUGUGAAUUCUUCGGCCGAAAGGCGAAUAUCCAGCUCGGCGCAUUCUUUUCUCUGUUCGGGGGUGCGCUGCAGUCGGGUUCGAACUCGCUUGAAAUGUUCCAAGCCGGUCGAUUCAUCUGCGGUCUCGGAAUCGGUAUCCUCGUCACCGUCUGCCCCAUGUACCUGUCCGAAAUGUCGAGUGCGUUCCGUCGCGGCUGGCUCGUCGGUCACCACGCCAUCUUUCUUGUGUUCGGAUAUAUGCUGGCCGGUUGGGUCGGGUACGCCUGUUACUAUGCAAAAGGGUCAUUGGCUGGGUUUGGCUGGCGAUUCCCGCUUGCGCUGCAGUGUCUUCCCGCGCUGGUCUUACUCAUUGGGUCGCCAUGGCUGCCUCGCUCGCCGCGUUGGUUGAUUUCCAAGGGCAAGCUUGACGAAGCGCAGCUUGUUCUGGAGAAGUUGCGACAGUCGCCUGAUGACCCCGGGAAUCUGGUUGCGAAGGAGGAGUUCUUUCAGACGAAGGAGCAAAUUCGGCUGGAGGCGGAGAGAUUGGCGACGUACGGGAAUGUGUGGAUGGCGGUUUUCAAGAGGAAGACGUAUCGGAAGAGAAUGGCGAUUGGGUUUUUGACUCAGUGGGGAGCGGAGUUUGGUGGGCCUUUGAUCAUUAAUAACUAUGCGGUUAUUCUGUACGGUAAUCUAGGCAUGGAGGGUGGUAUGCCAUUGCUUUUGAGUGCGAUUUGGUUGACGACAGCUGGCCUCAUCUACAACCCCCUCGGUGCCUGGCUCCACGACAAAGUCAACUCCCGCCGUCGCAUGUACAUCACCGGUUUCGUUGGAAUCAUCAUCACCACCUCGUGUCUGGCUGCCAUGACUGCCGAGUACGCGGGUACCAAGAAUCAAGUCGGAAACGGAUUCGGCAUCUUGUUUAUGUAUCUGUAUUUGGCUUUCCAGGGUACAUUCUGCGAUACGACCAUGUACUUGUACGUUUCUGAAAUAUUCCCGACGGAGAUUCGACCGAUUGGAAUGGGCUUUUCGCUUUUUGGACAGUUUGCUGCCACUUUGAUUCUCCUUCAAACCGCCCCAAUGGGCUUCGCCAACGUGCAGUGGAAAUACUACCUCGUCAUCAUCUGCUGGUCUGUUUUCUUCAUCCCAGUAAUCUACUUCUUCUUCCCCGAAACCGCACGUCUCACCCUCGAGGAAAUCGCAAAGAACUUUGGCGACGAAGUCGCUGUCCACGUCACCGAUGCUACGGAUGAGGAGAAAGCGAAGCUGGAACGUCAUCUCGCUGAUGGCUCUUCCACCGAGGGUCCUACGCAGGUGGCUGAAUCACCUAAUGUGGUUGGUGAGGAGACGCCGAAGAAUGAUCUACCUACGUCUAUUUAGGCCAUAGAUGGAUUGCUGGUUACUAUAUAUAUGUGGAGGAGGUUUGAUUCUCCUGUUUGAUGCUAAUGUAUAACUAUUCUUGACUGGUCAUUGCUACUAUUUAUUUCUGCUUCGGGGAUAGAUGGCUUUGGCAUUUAUACUGUACGGUUUGUUUGGGCUUGUUGAUUGGAAGUUUUCAUUUCAUUCUUUUACUUUAUGUGAUUAUUUUCUAUGCUGUUAUUCCCCCUUGUCACUGAUGCUGAUGUCUUUAUAUGAACUUUCUUUGAAGCGUGCUUGUUAUAAAUAUAAAUAUCUCUCUGAUAGAUCGAUCCAUUUAGAUCCCUAUCCAACUUCCCUCC